ACGCGUAGACUGCUGGAAACGAUGGGCCUCAUCUACUGCAUUUUCAGCAUCGUCAGCAGGACCUUUGAAGUACUGCACUUCUUGCUGGACCUGAAUUUCUGGAUCGUGUCGUCACUGCUUAGUGCGAUCUACUUUGUUUACAACCUUCCAUCGCUGCUUAUCGCCGGAGUGAUAAAAUGCUGGAACCUUGCCUUUUUCUAUGUGCUGGCAUUAGGAGAAGCCGUGCUGGCCACCGUGCAGACCUGGCUGGGCAUGCUGGGAGCCUGGCUGCGUCUGUUCGGUGGUUUCCUCGAAAGCCUCAAGAUGAUUGGCAAUCUGUUCACUUACGUCGUGUUCCGCAGUAAAGAGCUGCUUCACAGGGGGUUGCUGUCGGGCCAGUCCUUCAUCCGACAGUUUUGUGAAGGCUGUGGUAUUGCCGUCAGCUUGAUCGUCUACUUUGUAAACACCAUGGUCAACAUGUUGCUGAUUGGAAUGCAGAAUGUGUUUGGUAUGGCCCUUACUACUUGGGAGACGGUGGCAGAGCCAAUGCUCAGAACUCUACAGGCUGCCAUUGUUGUUUUUCAUUCCUUGUCAAGCAGUAUUGUGGGCAUAGCAAUUCUGUUAUGGACCCCAUGCCAGCUGGCCCUGAAUUUUCUCCAUUCCCUCAGCCAAAUUUUCAUCAGUGUCUUUGUGCUUAACUUGUAUGGGCUGGUGCUCACACUGGCCAUUGUAGUCUUCACUACACUCUACUUAAACCCCGACUUGCCACGCCGGGGGGCAGACCGCACUCUGCAGUAUAUCAGCAGCAUUCCUUGGUUAUUGCGACUUCAGACGACGGCACAGAGGCUCUAUUUGCUAACUCUGGCUCGUGCACAGGCUAUACUAGAGUCAGAGGUCUGGCAGCGGGCACCUUGGCCUGGAAGCCAAGCUGCCCGGGGUAGGGUCAGAAGGCAGAAUGCAAAUGAGGUUGGCAUUGCACCGGCUGGACCACAAAGACCUCAAGUUAUGCCAGUGGUAAUGAAUGAUGCACCGCAAGGUCAGGAGAUUAUCAAUUUACAACGGAUUAAUAAUGUUGAUCCUCUGCUUGGUUGGGAAGGACCCAUGACCUCAGCUGCAAUCUCUACCACAAAUAGGCCUUCAAUGAAACUUGCUUCUAGUGAACCAGAACCAGACACACUUUUGUCUCUCCUUAAGGAGCACGAGGAGAGGAAAAAGUGUGUUAUUUGCCAAGACAGUGUCAAGACAGUCCUGCUUCUUCCCUGCAGGCAUUUAUGCCUUUGCCGAGCCUGCACCAACAUUCUACUGAAUCAGCCUGUCUAUCAGCACAAUUGUCCUCUAUGCCGCCAAAUGAUUUUACAGAACAUGGAUGUAUAUCUGUGACAUUUACCUUUUUUUUUUUUUUUUAUAAAUGUCAGAAAUGUUCUUUGUAAAUAAUACAAAUCUCAGGUGUUUUUU